AUGCAUCUCUGUAUAAUAUUUCUUCUUUGCGCCGUUGUGUACGGCAUUGGCCGCAUUUCAGAAUCAGAUCUGAGAGCUGUAAACUUUGCCGACAAGAUAGAAGGAAAAAAACUGAACGGAAGCCUGAUAAGAGAAAUAGAAGUGGAUUCGGAAAGUUCCUGUCAGCUUGAGUGUGUGGAUGAAGAGCGAUGUCAGUCUUACAACUUUGGAACCAUAAAGGGCGACUCAGAGAAAUUCAAGUGUCAGCUAAGCGCCUCAGAUCGAUUUGCUGCAUUUGCUAACUUCACUGAGGAUAACAAUUUCAUAUACAGAGGAAUAGAGGGUAAAAAUGUUGCUGAAUGUUCAGCGAGUAUCGCUGGUACUGUUCGUUACAAUGCUUUCCGAAAGGCCAGGGAAUGGUGUAAUGGUAAAGUUUGGCUAUCAGUGGUGAUUGGUUUGUUCGCUACUGAACCAGGACGUCACUGUCUCGAUAUUUUAAAAUCAGGUCAAAGUCGCGGUAGCGGACUUUACUGGAUCGAUCCAAACGGUGGUUCAAAAACUGAUUCUUUCCAGGCUUAUUGCGACAUGGAGACCAAUGGUGGAGGCUGGACACUAAUUUCCACGAAAGUGUCCCCAAGCUUCCACUUUAUCAAAACAGCCUUCCUAGCAUCAGCUGCAGAAACUACAGAUGCAGAUGCAUCGAGUCACAUCCACCCUGACAUGGGGGACUGGGAAGAGGUUAUGUUCCGGUUCAGUGACGUCAACACGAUCCGGGUUAUUUACGACAGGAAGGCAGGCGCUCCAAAUAAGGACAAAACAGACUUCGAGAUGUUUUUGAUGGGGACAACUUACAAUGGGCUCGAGGGGAGGAAUAUUCACGGUUUUUACAAGUACAACCCAGCAGAUCACAAUAAGAAGAAUCCCUCUUCUGGUUUUGUUACAAUAUCAAAUUUGCACUUCCGUUCAGACAAGGGAAUAUCUGAAACCCAUCGUGGCACAGAUCAGUGGAUUGACAUGUGGUCUCAUGCUGACGCCUCGAACAACUACAUCACCUCCGACGACAGCCGCGCUCUUGGUGCCAAAUGUAUUGCAGGCUGCUGUUACCUGAAGAAACCAAUCUGGGUAAUGGUGAGAUAGGGAAAAAACUGUUGUUGAAAACCAGGAAAAGGUGCCGUCAAGUAUCUAUAAGGUGAUGAGAGUUAAAAAAAUUAUUCUCUGCUGCCACAACUAACCAGACGUCGUUGUAUUUGUAACAAGAGCUACUUAGAAGCCUUGAUAUAAUGUCGAUCAUUAGUGAGGAUUAUAGUAAUCUUGGUGUAACUGUCUAAAAUAGAUGUUUUUAAAGAUUCAGAUGUACAGAUUCGUAGUGUGUUUGCUAUUAACCUAUGUCUUCUUCCUCCCGUGAAAUACCCUCUGAUUUUAGGAUUCUUGGUGUCCCAACCCUUCUGAUACGUUUUAAAAAUUCAAAAUCUCAAUUUGAUUUUGUUUCCUUUUGCAUGUUUGUUAUCAAACAAAAACACUCAUUUGUUAGCCGAGACUCAACUGAUUAUAAUAUUACUGUUUCCGUUUCGUUCCACAUUCAAUCUGACCGAGUGAUAUCGUAUAAUGAAGCUUAGAGUUGUUUGAAAUAUUCAAUGUCCCAUCAUAAAUGAAAGAGACACGCAUUCUUAUUCCUGAAAUUUUUUAAAUUGCAGUUCUCGCGGAAAUAUUGCAGGGCUAGACAGUAUCAAAUUCAGUCAAUUUGUCAUGAAAGCAAAGUUUUAAAUAAAAAUUUGGCUGUCUCCGUUUGGACUCCGAAGACCCCGAAAGUAGCCUAUAAGUACAAUUACCUUCUUUUAACUAUAUUGAUUCAAGGUUUGUUUUUUGUUCGCACUGGUUUCAACUUAAUUUCUGGUCAAAACAGACUCGAUCGCUUUUUCAUCAUGCAUUCCCCACACAUUCUAGUGGAAGGUUUUAGCUUCAAGGGUGACAUAUGUUUGGCCUUACCGUGUCUGAUUGUGCUUGGUGCAAUAACAAGGUUUUGGAAACUGUUUUUUGACUCGUCACACAGAAGGAGGGAAAUUUAUUAGAAUACCAUGAGCCUCAUUUUUGCAUACGGUCCACAAGAUGCUGUCUUUGAGUUCAUCAGUUCUUGCGCUUUUGUUUCUUAAUUGUCCUGUUGAUAUUUCUGCGAUUUUACCCUCUGAAAGGCGCUAUGAUUCUAAGGUAUGAGUUAACAUGGUAGAAACUGAGAAAAGGUGGAAUAUUUUGUUCGCCACUUUUAAGCAGUAAAAGCUGCAUCGAUUUGGGCCGCAAGAUUUCACGUUGCAAGAAGUGGUGCCCUCGGUUUUUUUACUUUACGGAAACUGGGCACACUGGUCUCCUUGCACUUUCACUUCCAUUAUCACAGAAUUAUGAACAUAUUUUGCUUAAUUCUAUAAUUUCUUAUUGAAAAAGUGUUGACUCAAACGACUCACAUAGGACAAAUUUUAACUGCCUGCGAAAUAUCUGAUCAUCAUUUGCUAUAGUGCAUCUAAAUAUACUCAAUUAUCUACGGCUCGUAAUGAUAUUUCUUAGUCAAAUAGGUGAGCCUAGCUCAUUCAGUUGCCAGAAAACUUUCUGGGGUGUUUUUAAGUUCGAUGAUAUCCUUAACUGCACAGUGAGUACUACGGGCGCUGUUCGUUGUCAAAGAGGAUUCUGGAAUGCAUUACAAAACUGGUUGUUCCUGCUUACUGCUCACCUCGCUUACUGCACAUACUGCUGACGCCAGGACAGGUGUUUCUUCAUAUUUACUGCGGAGUUCAGAUAGCGCAUGCUUUCUGGCUCAUUGAAUUAUUUAACAUGUUCACCCUUAUUAAAGACAAAGAAUCAACCAACGUAAUUGCAUGAGAGAUGAAAACUUUAAUCGGUAAAGCUUGAGCAAAUUAAUAAAAUGGCUUAUCUAAGAGGAAGCUAGUUAUAAUAGCGCCACUGAUUAUA